AUGCCUGAGAUUGCAGAAGUUGCUCGCAUCGUUCAUUUCCUCCGCCUACACCUGGUAGGCAAGAAAAUUGCAAGUGCAUCGGCCAUCGAUGACAACAAUGUCUUUGGCAAAGUAGGGACCACUGGUGCAGCUGUUGAAGAUGCAUUGAAAGGGAGAAAGGUUGUUUCGUCUGGCAAUCAAGGCAAAUAUUUCUGGAUAACAUUGGAUAAACCACCACACUUGGUAAUGCACUUUGGCAUGACAGGAUGGGUUCACAUCAAGGGGGAGCAGACCGCGUACACAAACUACUAUAAAAAAAUGAAGGACAAUGAAUUGGAGCAAUGGCCACCAAAAUUCUGGAAGUUCCACGUCAAGACAGAAGGAAAACCAGAAGUAGAGGUUGCCUUCACGGAUGCCAGGCGCUUUGGGCGAGUCCGUCUUGUUGAUUGCCCCGGCGCAGAAAUCCGAAAAUACUCUCCGCUCAAAGAGAAUGGCCCAGACCCGGUCGUUGAUGCCGACAGAUUCACCGAGGAGUAUCUGCGUGGCAAGAUGAAGGCUCGUCAUGUUCCUGUCAAAGCCCUCCUUCUCGACCAAGCCAUGAUUAGUGGCAUCGGAAAUUGGGUUGCUGAUGAGACCCUGUAUCAAGCUAAACUUCACCCGGAGCAGUACAGCGACAGCUUCAGCGAUGCGGAAAUAGCAGAGCUGUAUAAGAACAUCAGAUAUGUUUGCCAGACGGCGGUUGACAAGCUAGGAGACUCGGACCAAUUUCCGGAACAUUGGCUGUUCAAUUAUCGCUGGGGUAAAGGGGGCAAAGGCGCGUCAAGCAAAUUGCCUAACGGCGAGAAACUGGCCUUUAUUACUGUCGGGGGCAGGACAAGCUGUUACGCACCGGCCGUACAGAAGAAGACUGGCCAAGUCGUAGCCGGAGCCAAAGAUGAACCCAUCAAGGAAGAAUCAGACGCAGAAGAGAAGAAGCCGCCUGUGAAGAAGGCUCGCAAACAGAAACAGGAGCCAAGUGGACCUGACGCAAGCGAGCCACCGGCCAAGAAGAAAAAGACCAACGGCAUUAAAAAGGAGGAGGUUAAGCCUGAGCCUGAUUUAUCCUCAGGGAGAAGACGCUCCACUAGAUUAAAGAACUGA